AUGCAAUGGCCCGAGACGCCCUUUGUGCGCUACCUGUCCAUGGGUAAUUCCGAGACUUUGAUGGUCAAUAACUUGGCUGCUUUCAAAGAAGUCCAGCAGGCCAGGGCCUACUCCUUCCGCAAGUCGCAGCUCGCAGCUCGCAUGUUCUCCCCCAUCACUGGACACGGACUUAUGUUUUCUGAGGGUGAAGAAAGAAAAACGCGGCGUAACCAGCUGGCCCGUGCUUUCUCCAACCAGAACACACGCAAGAUGCUGCCAGUCUUUCAGCUCAAGGCAAACCAGCUGUGCAAGGCCAUCAGUGAGGACCUUGGAGGGGAGGAGAUCAAGGUCGUUGACAGUACGCUUCUCCGCCGACUCUUUCAGUCUGAUGUUAAGCUGACCAUCCCUCCAGUUGAGUGCUUCCUCAGAAAGGCUACCCUUGACGUCUUUGUUAUCGGCUCCAUUGGGUGUGACCUCAAGAGCAUUUCCGUACCCGAAGCCCACUUCUACGACGUGUACGAGCGCAUCAUCCGCCAGCCGCCCUCUGGCCACGUCAUCACCUUUAUCGACGGCCAUAUUGCGCUCCGGUCCUGGCUGCCCCUGCAGAGCAACAAGAGGUGGUUGAAAGACGUUGCACUUAUUAGGACGAUGCUCCUCACUUGCGUUGAGAACAGACAGCAUGAGAUGAUGGUGGAGAAGAGGCUGGGGCUCAACGAAAACAAUACUGGUCGCCGCGAUAUAUUGAGCUUUAUCCUAGAGGACUGUCAACUUGAUGCCACCCAGACGAAUUUGAGAGAUUUGGAGCUCUUGGAGUAUAUGCUCAACUUCAUUGCCGGAGGUCAUGAAACGACUGGAUCGACCACAAUGUGGAUCGUCCAUGUCCUUGCAACGGAGCCAAAGGUCCAGGAGCGCCUCAAGCAAGAGGUCCUUGACCUUUGCGCCGACAAGUCGCAAGACUGGGACCCUACAUACGAGGAGCUCGAGCACCUAGUCUAUGUCAACAACUUCCUCAAGGAGAUACUACGCUUCUACUCCCCAGGAAAGUAA